AUGUGGCAUCACCAUAAUAAAUCUCGGCUUCAAGCAGUCACAGUUCCUCUAAAUCGGAUUGUUGGGUUUGCAGAAACUUACCUUCAAAAUUAUGCAGCUGGCCAUGGUAUACGACGGUCUCUUGAUCGUAGCAUUGUUGGUGCUGUUAAAUGGAAACCACCGAGUGAGAAUGAAGUGAAGGUUAAUUUUGAUGGUGCUCUGUUUGGGGAGUUUGACUAUGCGGGGCUCAAUGUGGUGGUUAGUAAUUCAGAGGGUGCGGUGUUGGCUGCCCUUUCUGAAAAAAUCGUGAAGCCUCAAUCAGCAGAGCUGGUGGAGAUUCUGGCUGCACGGCAUGCGGUGCUGUUUUCCUCUGAGUCGGCUUUCCACAACUCUAUCUUUGAGGGUGAUUCUUCUUCGGUCAUCAAGCUUCCACAGGAUAGGUGUUUGUCUCAUUCCCAGGGAGGUCAUAUAUUAAAAGACAUUAUGUCUCAUUUAGACUCUUUUGUGAGUUGUUCUUUCUCUCAUGUUGGUAGGCAAGGUAAUGCGGUGGCGCAUGCCUUAGCCUAG